AUGAGUCCUAAAGGUCUAGGUUGGAUCAUCGUCGAUAGUCUUGAUACGAUGAUGAUCAUGAACCUUACGUCCCAGUUGUCUGACGCCAGGAUCUGGCUACAACGAAAGCUUGACUAUGAGCAAGACCAAGACGUCAAUACCUUCGAAACCACUAUUCGUAUGCUCGGCGGUUUGCUCUCCGCACACUACCUGUCCCGAGUCCUCCCCGACAUGUCAUCGAGAAGGGAUCAAGUUUAUUUGACCAAAGCUGUUGAUUUGGCGGAUCGUCUCCUUGGCGCUUACGAUUCACCCUCUGGUAUCCCUUACGCAAGCGUCCAUCUAGCCACGCGCAAAGGCCUUGUAUCGCACGCUGAUGGCGGAGCCUCAUCCACCGCAGAGGCCACAACAUUACAACUGGAGAUGAAGUACUUGUCGAAUAUCACCGGAAAUGACAUAUAUUGGCGCAAAGCCGAGAAGGUCAUGGAAGUCAUCGACGGCAUUGGUGCGACCGAUGGUCUCGUCCCAAUCUUCGUAUCGCCCCACUCAGGCAGAUUUACGAGUAAAGAGAUCCGUCUUGGAAGUCGAGAAUAUCUUAUCAAGCAAUACCUGCAAACGUCAGAACCAAUAUACCUGGAAAUGUGGGAACAAGCUAUGAAGGGAAUUCAGAAGUACUUGAUCAUUCCUACUAAGCACGCGAAGCUCAGUAUUGUUGCCGAAUUACCGAACGGAGUCGAUGGAGGGUUGUCUCCCAAGAUGGACCACCUCGUCUGUUUUCUCCCUGGCUCUAUCGCGCUCGGUGCUACAAAUGGACUUACGGAAGCCGAAGCACGGCGUCUGCCUAGCUGGAAUGCCGACAAAGCCCAACAAAUGAAGCUGGCAAGAGAGCUGACGAAAACAUGUUGGGGCAUGUACAAGGUUACGCAGACUGGGAUCGCGCCUGAAAUCGUUUGGUUUUCUGCUGAUGAGACGAUGUUGCGCUCGGCAACUGACAGGCCUUCGUCGUCAGCUCGUAGUUCCGAUUCUGAGGCUACUUGGAAGAAGGACUACAACAUCAAACCGCUUGAUGCACAUAACCUACAACGUCCUGAGACAGUAGAGAGCCUGUUUAUAAUGUGGCGAAUCACCAAAGAUCCCAUCUACCGAGAAUGGGGAUGGCAAAUCUUCCAGGCAUUUUUGGAGUACUCGACUGUGGAAUUUGGAGAAGGAUUCUCGUCUCUUAAUGACGUGAACAAAAUUCCACCUCCUCGAAGAGAUGAUAUGGAGAGUUUCUGGCUUGUAAGUAAGACCCACGUCACAAUACGCCUUAGCUAA